UUCACGGUGUGACGCUAGUAGUCUUUUGUGCUGUCCAAUUUGUAGCGUAGAGUGAGAAUGAACCCGGAAGUUCUCGGUGUCCACGUUCACAAAUUGCAAACGUGUGCCUACGGAACGACUUUUAAAGCUUCAUAUAAUACAGAUUUUCAGCAUGAAAAUAAAUGAGAACACAUUGCUAGAAGGACAUAAAGUCGUGCUGGUGCCGUACAAUGCGGAGCACGUCCCAAGGUACCACGAGUGGAUGAAGUCUGUGGAGCUGCAGCAGCUGACGGCCUCGGAGCCUCUGACGCUGGAGCAGGAAUAUGACAUGCAACGCAGCUGGAGAGAAGACACCGACAAGUGCACCUUCAUCAUCCUGGACAAGCGGCUUUGGGCGGACUCUGGCACAGAGGAGGCGCAGUGCAUGAUCGGAGACGUCAACAUCUUCCUGACAGACCCCACAGAUCCUUCCCUGGCUGAGUUGGAGAUCAUGAUAGCAGAGGCCAGUUACAGAGGACAAGGUAUCGGGAAGGAGGUGACGCAAAUGAUGAUGCACUAUGGGGUCGCCAAACUCGGCAUCAGCAGGUUUCAAGCGAAAAUUGGCCUGGACAACGAAAUCAGCAUCGCCAUGUUCAAGAAACUACACUUCCAACAGGUGUCUGUGUGUCGGGUGUUCAAAGAGGUCACCUUGGAGACGGCGGUGGACGUGUCGCUUCGUCGGAGGCUGUUGCAGCACGCGGGCCACGUGACAGAGCAGGACUACCAGGCGGCCCGCGGCGAAAGACGGGAAGCCGCGUCACGGGCUGCCACGGACCCUCCCAUGUGAUCUCGUUUGAC